AAAAAAAAGCGUAGGCCUAUCCCCUUCUCCAUCGUAGUUUCUUUGGCGCUCCCUCAGUCAGCCAAAAUCUUUGAAGACUGAAUUUGGAGCAAAAAUGUCUAGCACAAAUCUCCUACAGUUCCCUCUCCUUCAAUCCCACUUCCGCCCACCGUCCACUCUCCUUUUUCCCGCCGUCAAAUCCCAUCUCUCCCUCGCCUCAAUCUCCUUUCCCACCUCCCAAUUCCUUCAUACCCCUUCUCAUGCUUCUCCUGCCUUCGUUCUCAUGGCCAAGUCCCCCAAAAACGACACCUCCGAGCAGAAAUUGAGCCAUGAAGGCUCCGUCGUCGAGUCUCUUCCCAAUGGGAUGUUCAGGGUUCGGUUGGAUAAUCAAGACCUCAUUCUAGGCUACAUAUCCGGUAAGAUUCGGAAGAAUUUUGUUCGUAUUUUGCCUGGUGAUAGGGUUAGGGUUGAGGUUAGUCGUUAUGAUUCUACCAAAGGUCGAAUUGUUUAUAGAAUGCGUAGUACUAAAGAUUCAUCUUCAUGAAUACUAGUUUUGGAUUAUCAUUAUUAUUAUUAUUUGCCUUUAAUGUGUUGAUUUUGUGACAUAUUGUGUACAUUGAUCCCUCUUUUUUUGGCCUUUUUUAGAAUGUAAAAUGACAAACAUUUAGUUUAUUUGAGCUCCUUUGUUUUAGUGAUUUGUAUUUGUGGAUGAAUCACUUGGAGUAUUAGAGCUUGUGAAUUUUUGUCUUGUCUUGUAAUUGUUUUAUACUAAAGAAAGAGGAGUUUCUAAAUGAUAUUGACUUUUCACUUGUUGGGAUCUC